AUGGAAGUAGAGAAUCUAAAUUCUAAAAAAUAAGAUAAAUUUGUAAAGAGAAAAGAAAAAGUAAUUGACAUUUUAGAAUCAGAGGAAAGCAAUUAAAUUGAAAUCCAAGACUUUAUAAAAAAUAAGUAGAUAAUUGUGAUAGAAGACAAUAUUUAAUUCUCUCCAUUAUUCAUCUAAAGUAAUAAUGAUUCAAGUUUAACAUAAAAUGCAGAAAAAAAUAAAACUAAACCAAUCAAAAGUGUUCAAAUUUUUAAAAAAAUACAAAAGAGAUAGAAAAGAAUUUAAACUUUUGAUAUACUAAACCCUGGAUUUUCUGAAGAUGAGGCUUUAAACUUAUUUUAAGGAGUGUAGAUAAGUAAUAAGGGAAUGAUUAAAUUUCAUUUCACAACAAAUUAACUUAGCUUUGGUCAUUUGUAUAAUAUAAGCCACAUAAAUUAUUUGAAACCAUAAUAAUUAAUAGUGUUGGAUUACUAAUCAUAAAAACCAAUUAAAGAAAUAUCUUUAGAAGAUGCACUGAAUUAUUUAUCUCACAGUUCUUGUAAGCAUUUUUUGUAAGCUUCCUAAGUCUUAAAAGACUUUUAUUAAAAGUAAAGGUAUCUAAAAAAUAUACUAGAUUCAAUAAAAACAGAUGAAUAAAUAAUUUAAUUGCAUAAUGAAUAACUUGAUUAAUAUAUUUAAUCUUGCAAUCAGUUUAUAUCAAAUUAUGCUAAAAAAAACGAAGGCAUUAUUUUUUAAUACUUUAUUGCAAGAGUCAACAUUGAAAAAAAAGACUCAGAAAUAAUAAAAUUAGGAUAUUCUAAAUCUUUUCUAGAUUUGAUAGGAAUUGAUGUUACUAACUUUAGUUCUAUGCUUUUAAGAAACCACAAAAUAAAUCUAUUUGCUGAUGAAGAUGAAAUGACGCGACAAUCUCUAUAUGGAAUGAAUAGUAAUUUACAAAAGGAUAUUCCAUUAAAAUAUAUUAAUAAUAUAAUCACAUUAGACGGGUUUAAACUAUAGAUUUUCUUACAAAAAUAGCAAAUUAUUCCUGAAUAUAAUUUUAUUCCAGUUUCUGGUAUCCAUUUUGAAUAUGCUUUAACUAUUACUAAUAUAGAUGUAGAUGUAAAUGACUUAUAAAAUCUAAUCAAUUAUCGAUAAAGAUUGGUUUCUCAAAGGAAUAACUUAUCUUAUGACGAUUUUAUCCAAAGAGAGUUAUCUUAUUUAUUUGAAAAUGUAGAGUAUUCUGUUCAUUCCUCUUCUUUUAUGGAGAAAUAUUAUCAUUCAAAUUUAGAAAAUCUCCUUAAAUUAGAAGAAUUAAAAUAAUAAUAAAACUAAUUAGUAUAUGCCAAGCGAAGCUAUUUUAAAAUAAUAAAAAAACCAAACGAUUAACCUUCUAGGAUUUGA